GAGUGAGCGGAACGGGGGCGCGAGGCAAAGGCGUGCGGGGGGGAGGCCAACAUCGCUCAACGCAUGUGCACAGCGUCGCGGCGCACAGCCUCCGAGCGCCGGAUUCGCGGAUCACCCAGUCGUCGUCGCGUCUCCUCGGGCGAACGUUCGUCGCUGAUGGUUGUUCGUGGGUGUCGGGCACCAGCAGCAGCCACGUCGCGCUUUCCAUUCCUUAUGAAAAUAAUAUCGACGUAAGUCAGUGCGGGCGAGCUUCGCGAUUCGACAGCUAUGCAUAAGCCCAAAUACCACGACGGGUGACUGACUCGCGCGAGGUCGCAGAUCGAUGGUGUGAGCAAUCCGCGAGGUCGCGAGCGAAGCUGCAGAGAAGGAAAAAAGGCGCGCUCGAGCGUUGAUCGAAGGUGGUCGCUGGUGAUGUUGAAUGGAGCUUGGGCGCUCAGCGACUACGACGAGGUGAUAAUCGGUCCGACAGGCAAAUUAGCCGCAGAUGCAAAGUCGAGGCGAGCAUCAUCAGCAAGCGGCACGAAGGCGGCGACGAGCAGCGGACGGCGCAAGCAGUGCGGAUCAGGACGAGCAGCAAGAGGACAGUCGCAGUCGGAGGUCGCAGCAGCGGUGACUGGGAAAGGGGGCGGCGUUGGGCCGCGCGCGCGUAGGCUGCUGUUGCGGCCGUCACGACGACGACGGGGCUGCUCCGAGAAGCUCGAGGGCCCCAGCCGCGAAGAGAGGGCCUCGCCGCCGAGCGCCUGCGGAGGCGCAAGGAGGGCCAAACCAAAGUAACCCAAAUCCUGCUGCUGCUACUUCGCAUCAACGCCGCGACACGACAAUACAGGCAAUUGCAACAGCCGACGCGACCAGCCCGGCCCAAGUGCCGAGGCCUUCUUCGCAAGCGCAGGCGACGGAAAAAGAGACGACGACGACGACGAAGCGAGCAGGUGCGGCGUAGCGUCGUCAGCGAGCUGGAUAGAGGCACAUCGUCACGCCUGCGGAGCAGCGAGCGCUGAGCUCCUCCACGACCCCAUCACAAGCGCAGCAAUAUCAACGACCGCGGAGCUCUGACUAUAACUACCUACUACUAACUACUAUUAGAUAUCUACACACACAUCCACCAAAAAACCACUCCACGAGACGACGUCCCUUCUUGUCGAGUUUCGCAUCACAAGCGCACACAUAGCCAAUCGCAACUGUACAUGAUUCCCCGCGUGCAAAUGAUAGUCGACGUUGUCUACAGUGUGCUCCCAGUUCUCCAAUGAUUUUUGCCCAGUUUUUGUUGUUACGUAUAGUGCGGUGAGAUUUACAAAAAUCGAAAGAAGAUUAUCGAGUAACAAGUUUAAAAUAAAAAAAGAGCCCAGUGUGAUAUAAAUCAAAUGAUCAUUGCUUAGAUGAUCGGCAGCAACGCAGUGUGAUAGGUAUAUAUAUAAAAGUAUAUAUAGAGAAAGAGUAUAAAUAAAAAAGUAUAUAUAAAUUAUACACGUGUCGUGUCCAUUGAGAGCGAGCGAGCGAGCGAGAACGAAAGAGAGAGAAAGAGAGAGAGAGAGAGAGCGAGAGAGAGAGAGAGGUAUGAGAUAAAUCCUGAGUGCAGGCGAAUACAAAAAUUUGUAAUAAGUUUGUUGUGUGUUGUCGAGUGCGCGUGCUUCGGUCGCAAGAGGAUCCAAUAGUCAAGCAGCCGCAACAAGAGUACAAACAAAGAAAAAAAUACGUAAUUGUAACAGGAGGAGGGCGAAGAAGUAUACAUAUAAGGGCGAGCGCUGAGAGAGCGAGCUUGAGGAGAGCUUGCAGCUUGUGCGACGAGAGUGUUGUGUGUGUGUGUGCAGUGUUUUCCACGUAGCCCCGGGUAACUAAAACAGCCUAAAACUGUUAGACGAGGAGUGCGCGAGUGACUGGCCGCAGCAGCCACACACACAUAGCCAUAGCAUGAGUUCGUAUUUCGCGAAUUCGUACAUCCCGGAUCUGCGCAAUGGCGGGGUGGAGCAUCCGCAUCAGCACCAGCAGCACUACGGCGCCGCGGUCCAGGUGCCCCAGCAGCAGUCUGUGCAGGGGGGGCCCCAGGCGGACCAGUGCGGCGGCGACCCCGGGCUGCUGGGCCGCGGCGCCGGGGUGCCGGGACACCACUACGCUAGCGCCGCCACCGGCCAGCAGCCUGGCAUGCCCUACCCGCGCUUCCCACCCUACGACCGCAUGGACAUACGCAACGCCGCCUACUACCAGCAGCAGCAGCAGGAGCACGGCCUGGACAUGGCCGGCUACAGAGCCAACUCGCCCACCUCUGGCGGCAUGGUCGGCCACAUGGGCCACACGCCGACGCCGGUCAACGGCCACCAGUCCACCCCAAUCGUCUACGCAAGCUGCAAGCUGCAGGCGGCGGCGGUUGAUCACCAGGGUAGCGUUCUCGACGGGCCCGACAGUCCGCCCCUCGUCGACGGGCCCAUGCACCACCAGAUGCACCCGCAGCACGCGCACAUGCAGUCCCAGCAACAGCAUGCUCAGCAGGCUCAGCAGCAGCAAACCGCCAGCCAAGCGCCGCCGCCACAUCAGCAGCAGCAGCAACACAUGCAGCAGACGCAGCAGCACAUGAUGUACCAGCAGCAGACGCCGCCGAACCAGUCGCAGCCCACCAGCAUGCACCCGCAGCAGCAGACUCAGGCGCAGCAGCACCAGGCUGUCGUAGCCUCGCCACUCGGACAGCAGCAGCCCGGCACGCCGCAAAAUGCCGCGCCCACGAAUCUGCCGAGUCCCAUUUUCCCCUGGAUGAGAAGUCAGUUUGAGAGGAAGCGAGGUCGUCAGACGUAUACGCGAUACCAAACCCUCGAGCUGGAGAAGGAGUUCCAUUUCAACCGCUACCUGACCAGGCGACGCAGGAUCGAGAUCGCACAUGCGCUCUGCUUGACCGAGCGCCAGAUCAAGAUCUGGUUCCAGAACCGCCGAAUGAAGUGGAAGAAGGAGACGAAAACGAAGGGCGAGCCAAAUAGCGGCGACGGUGAUACCGACAUCUCGCCACAGACGUCGCCGCAAGGUUGAGAACUCGAGAACUCGUCGUGGUCGUCGUCGUCGUCGUCGUCGCCUAAUCAUCGUUCUUUGAACUCCAUCGCCACCAGUAGCUUUGAGCUUACAUCAACAAUGACGAGGCCAGAGCUGCAGCCGAUCACUGAACGCAUACACACACGAGAGAGCGAGGUUAGAUGCGACCUCCUUUCCGAACACCUACCUCCUUAUACCGAUGAUAUCCCGCCCUCAUUACUCAAUUCCUCCUCAUCCUCAUAUUCCUCCCAAAUCGACCUCCAAUAAGCCACCUACGCACGGAUAUUAUGUGUAAUUGUUUUUUUUUUCUUUUUUCAUUGAUGACGAAAUAUAUGCUAUAUAUAAAUAUUACCCAUAAAUGGCCCUUCUACGCAAAAUGACGCUUAAUCUUGUCGUAAAACACAAGCUGCUCGUACCAAAUAUUGUGAAAAUAAUAACAGGAAAAAUAAGGAAGACGGACGAUUUAGGGACAGAGAUGAAAGUUCUCGGAAGAAAAGCGGAGACGAAUGCCCACACGAAGAUUUUUUUUGCGAGUGUGUGCGUGCGAAUGCUUGUACUCGAAGUUUUCUUUUUGUGACACGGGACGAUGGCAAUUAUUUUGGAACGGUCACAAUACAUGAAUAUAGAUAGGACACACCGUUUAGUGUUUUUAUUUUAUUGUGUAAUAGGGAUGUUUGUUUUCUUAUUUUAUUUUUCAUCUUUCCUCGAGCGAAAGAGAAUCGAGUCUUAGUAACGUCGACGUGAAAUGCGCUGAUUUGAUCAUGGAAAACAAGUAUUCUGAGCGAACUCGAGAUAGGAUACGUACGAUCACGCCGCACUGUCCAUUGGUCGGCACAGAGAAAGAAUAAAUGCAAAAAUUGUGUCAUGUCACUGCUGUUUGGUGCGUCGAUGUGAACGGCUCGCGACCUUGAUCUCGGUUCCAUUGAGUCUGUAGAGAGGCGGUGAGAGAAUGUACACAUGCGUCGGUACACAACGAGCGUUGAUUGACAUUUCAACGACUCGCACAAGAGGACUUCUUUGUAUUCAAAUUCUCGGCUGAAAUGACUUACUCCCGCAGUGAUUUGUGCGUAUUUCUUUUCUAAGAAAUGCAUAUACAAUGACAUGUCGUUCGUGGCCAGCUACGCGCUUAUCAAGCGUGCAAAUGAAACGCAUGAAAAAUCAUACAAAUAGCACAAUUGCUUUCGUAUCUGCAGUAGUUUUGAGAACGACAGACAGACUCGAGAACAGGCGACAAAUCGAGAUGGAAUAUAACUCACGUAGAAUGUUACACCAGCUAUAUUGCAUACAUCACUGAUUCUAUCAAUUGUUCUCAACGAGGCAAUUGCUCUGGCAUCCGUACUCUCGCGGGACUGUAGGUCAUUUCGAAGGGUAUUAUAAACAUGCAGAGAAGUCCGUACGUGUCGCACUCUAUAAUAUGACAAGUUUUUAUAUCGACGCACUUGCUUGCGAUUCUCCGCGGUGUAAAUAAACGAGAUAAAUCGACUGGUCGACAAGCACGAUUGUUCUCUAGAACUAUAGAUUUUUUGUUUUAUUAAUUAUUAUUGAUUUUUUUCACUUCUCCGUCAAGCAAACAAAAAAGGGAGAAUCGAGAAAAAAAACACACAACCCCAACUGCUUCACGUGGAAACGUGGCUGAGUUACCAACGAUAUUAUACGAUCGUGCGCUUGUUUUGUUUCAUUUUUUUUUUAUUAUUUUUUCCCAGGUAAGCGUGGUGCACGCGCGAGUGAAUAUUUCAUUUUUUUUUUCGUCGUCCUUAAUUCCUCUCUUGUCGGGAUAUUCGGAAGCACGCGGCACUCUCGUCGCGCGUGCAGGUGUAGGAGCAGGAACCGAAUAGAGGCCGAAUGUGCUGACAAAAGACGAUAUUGUGACUCACAAUUUGUGUAAGCGUCAAAACGUAUAUACGUAAAUACUUGGUGAUCCUAAACUCAAAGAGAACAUAUAGGUAUACGAUAAAUAAUGCUAUAUAAUAGUCAAACGAAUGAAGAAUCCGGUUUAUUAUUCCUGCAGCGUUUUAAAAAGUGCCGCGGAGCUUCUUGGAUACUUGGUGGUAAAGUCGCGAAUCGAGCAAAUAAAAUAGCUAAAAAUAAAAUCUAAUCAAUGCUAGCGUAGUAAUGUAAUAGACGGUUGUUUUCUAUCCAAACAUUGUGAAAUCUCUUCUGUUCGUUCAGUACGUCGGAGGGACAAGGGUGAUCGGAAACACGUGAAACUAAACACAAAAAAAGUAAUGAUUAUAUAGAAAACCCGGUCAUCACCGAUAUGAAAACCGCACGCCGCGGCGAGUAUUGCGCUGUGUUGGAAAAUUAGCUCAACACUUAAUAAUAACAAAACAAAAUCAUGGAAAAUCCUGCAGUAAACGACAUACGUAAUUGAAGAUAAUACAAUUAUUAUUAAUUAUUGCAUGUAUAUACUGGAUUAGGAAAAAAUGGCGAUAUUCGAUUUUUAGACUCGAGGAAUGAGAUUUUUUUAGAAUAUAUGCAUGACAUAAGUGUAUUGUCCAUGGCUUCAAGCAAAACAUAUAUAAAUUUGGAAUGAUAUUAUCAAACGAGAAACAAAAAUUGUAAUAUUGUAAUGCAUCGAGGCAUCGGUGAAACAAAUCUGACGAUUCGUUUUGUUUCCCUAAAGUCGCUGUACUAAAAAAACUCUUUAUUUAUAAUACGUACAAAAAAGCAUUCUUAAAGAAAGCUUACAAAAAUCUUUUUUAUCCGACAUAAUAAUCUAUGUAUAGAGUGUUUCGUUUUAUGUAAAAAAUAUAUUGAAUAAAGAAUAUAUAUACGGACUUGAAAAAUAUAAUAAUGAAACUCUUGUUUUUUUGAGAGAUUUGUCUACAUUCUUGGUCCUCGAUGUACACCUGACCGAUAUACGUAACCAAAAGCGGUCGACCCCGCAUAGCCUUCCCUUUUGUCGAAGAGAUUUAUUUUAUUCUACUUUGAUAAAGUAACGAAUACUGUAAUAAAAAAAGAAAUUUACAAAAAUAAAUGAUAUAUCAGGUGAUUUCACGCGAUUGAAAGGGUCACACGUCGAUUUUUUUAAGGUGCAUAAAGUCACCCUCACGGUUGAUAAAUCACCUGUGAUGCACAUUGCAAGCUAUGAAAGACGGAUAUCGCACUUCACUAAGCACAUUAAAGAGAAGAAGAGAUUUGUUUUCAAUUCACGCUUUGUGCCUCUCCGUAAAAAUUUUUAUGGAUAUUUCAUAUAAAGGAAAAUGUUUUCUAUUAUAUUUAAUUUGAUUCCUGUUUAAUUUGAAAAAAUUAAACGUGAGUAAACAAGGAAGUUUGCGCGCGCGCUCGUCGACGUUCGUCAUGAGUACUAAUUGUCCAUUAAUCAGUCAGCUAAUCUAUAUAGGUCAGUUAAUAACAGCGUCGAAAUAACGUGCGGGGCGCGGCUGUACGAGACAAAGCUGAUAGAUUUAUAGCCUUCUCGCGCUUUGUGUUUACAAUUGUUGCAACACUGCAUAGUGCUAAUGUGCUCUGCAUGCGCACUCCAGCUUGAGUUAGAAUAUCCGUGGAAAAAGUGCUCGACAUCCCUCGUUAUUUUCAACGGAGUAAAACAAGUUUGUUUAAGCUUUCGCAAUUUUCGUCAUACAAUUUAAUCAGUCACCUCGGUAAAGAAUGUUUUGAUAAGGCCAAGUUGGGACUUGCAAGUGGUGGUAGAUGUAAUACCUGACUCUUUUACAACAGGAGCAAUUUCGAAAAUUAACGGUGAGGCACUGCGCGGCUUGGAAUUUAACAAUCAAUCUCUCUCUCUCUCUCUCUCUCUCUCUCUUUCUCUCUCUUUUUCUGCAUUUUAUACUUUAACGAAACGUGCAAUUAUCCGGUUUUCUCGACGUCACAGUAUUAAUUCGAUGAAAUCGUCAACUGACCAUUAAGAGUACAUCGACGUGCAACCCGUUAUAAAUUGCACUCCCUGGUACAUAAUACACAUGCUCACACAUGAUAUAAGUGAACAAGCUCAAUGCUUAUCAAGUAUACGUGAAAGAACAAAAAUUGCCAGGCGAAAAGUUUUGGAAGAUAAUUCAAAGUAUGCGCGGGAUAAAAUUUUUGUAUUUAACGAAUCUUUAAUGAAAUAUACUUAUACUUUAGGUGCAUAUGCGCGAUGUGGUGAAAAAAAGAUAUGUGUAGGCUUUAUUAUAUAGGAGAAUAAGUGCAAAUUAUAUAUUUUAUCUCUAUUCGUAUCUCGAGAGAAAAAGGUUGGAAAGAAAAAAAAUUCAUGAAUACGAGGCUACAUAAGUAAAACUGAAAAAAGCACCGUGGAUGUGUAUGUAGAGUCCGUAAAAACAAAAAAAGAAUAAAAUACAAGUGAAUGAAAGAGAGUGAGAUGAUGAUGCAUUACCGUAUAAAAAUACGUCAUUGUAAGCUAGCCUAUUUAUGAAAAAUGUAAGCUGUAACGUCUUUAAAAAAAAGUCUUGAAAGAUCCAUAACGGUUAAGUAAAUUAGAGUAAGUGAAUACAUGGCGUUGUUAUAAAAAAAUAAUAAAUGAUAAUCGGUUUACAACGGGCGGGGGCGAUGGUAACAACAAUUAACACUUUUAUUUGAAAUUGUAUCAUCAACAAAUAAAAAAUUGUAAAAUUUCCCAUUGGUGUCGUAUUUGUAUUCGUAGUAGGCGUAAAAACAAAUAAAGUCGUGUUCUACAAGAAAUUAUUAAGUCUAAUUGCAAUCGUUUUGCGAAUUACAUCAAGGCAUGAAGAAAAAAAGUAAAUUAAAGUGAAAAGAAAGGGCAAUUAGGUUAAGUGAAUGGGAGAGAGAAAAUAAGGUGAAUGUAAGAUCCUGGAGUUUGCGGAGUUGUAAAUAAUGUAUUGCUAUAUAAUUAUGUAUACCGAGAAUACCCGCAAAAGCCAAACAAAAGUCUUAUAAAAUACAGAUGCAUACCAUAUUGGGCCGUACAAUGAUAUUACUUAGUUACUUAGUAUUUAUUGAUACCAUAUCUUUUAUGUGUUAUACAUUACGUCAAACGGGACACUAUUUGUUUCCACCGAAAAUGUCUAAUAAAUAUUUUUCACAAUUUGAACAAUUGGAAAAAACUGUCGUACAUCUCAGAUUUAUAUUUAUUUUUCCUAUUAACAUUAUUUCCCUCGUUACUUUUCUACUGGAUAAAAUGUUGUAAUAAUCAAUAUGAGAGCCUCGUCCUCGCUCGCGCAAACUCCGAAGAGUUCCUGGCCCCCUGUCCUCGCGACAGGCGUCAUUAUGUAGUCACGUGUAGUUUAUAGCUCGGUAAUUUUCCCAAUAAUCUGAUACAAAUUUAUUCGUUUAUCUUUCCAGUAUACAAAAGUAAAGAAGAAACAGUUUAUUCUAUCACCUAAGAAAUAUCCUAAUGUUCAUUUUGAGACCUUGAUGAAAUCACGUUGAUCACGAUGAGGAUCCUCACUUACAAUUUGCCGCUUAAUUAUGCGAUCGGCUUCAUUGUAAAUUUGGGAAGUUAUCAGGCAAGUUUGGAUGAAAAAAUGUGAUUUUAUCAAUGGAUUUUUAAUGUCUGAAGACUGAUAAGCCUGAAAAUUCACGCAAAAUUGUAUUACAAAAAGACCUGGUGACAAAUGUUGAUUGAAAUAAAAGUAUUUAUAUGAUACUCAUUAAGGAUAAAUUUGAUAGCAGAGAAUGUCGAAGAUACCAAUAAAAUAUGUUAUAAAAAAGAGCUCACUGACACUGCAAACAGGAACUAUCUAACGUUGCGGCAUCAGAUCGUGCCAUCAGCGAUCACCUCUCCCUUGUAUACGAUACCGCGUAGGUAAAGUAGGUACCUGUCUAGUAGAUUUAAAAUACAAAAAAUAACUGUAGUGCAGAGUUUAUAAUUAUUCUACGGCUCUAUUUAUUAUGCGACAUAUGUUGGAUAUCCAACAGUAUAAUCCAAAGAGAAUGAAUGGGUAUGGUUGAAGAAGUACUUGUAGAAUAGACGGAUUCGUUGAACAUGUAUUGCAUUAAUCAUCCAUAGUCACGUUUUGAAAAAAAAACUCGAAAAAUAAACUCAUAAUGUAAAAAAGACAAUAUAUUCCGAUUGCCGCAGCGUCAAUUUAUUUAGCUGAUAAUAUCAAUCUUACAAGCAGAUUCAAAAGUUAACCUGAAAACAUGAUUAUAUUAAUGGUUUUAAAGCACUCUAUUGGGAUAUUGGAAAAUCAGAAGCCUUUCGACAUUUUCUACAAUCAAAUUUAUAUACGAGCAUGAUUUUGAGAAAACGCGAAGAAAAAAUAACGAAUAAAAAUAAACUUCAGCAAGUAUAAUUUACCAAAAAUUAAUGGUUAGGAAUAUAGAAGCUCAAAAGCAAAAUGAUGAAGAGGUAUAAAUAAAAUUACAUGAACUAUGUGUAUAAAUAUUGCAGAUACGAAGGAGGUAUAUAUUACGAAAAUAUAAAUACAAUUAUUAUUAAUUAUUAUAAUUAUUACACAUUUAUAAGAACGUAAUUAAUUUUGUAGUGUCAAGCAGCAUGUAAACUAAGUGUACACAUCGUACAAAAGCAGAAAAAAAAUAACGUAAAGAUAAGAAUAUAGGACGACGAAAAACAUACGACGAUUGUCUGUAUUUGAUAAUAGAAAGACGGUCAAUCUCGCGCGAUGUUUUAUUAUAAGACGCGUCAAUGAUCGUGAGGAGUACGAUACGUUUACACGAAGAAAAAAGUGGGAUUGAUUAAUGAAAAAAAUAAUGAGAUGAAACAAAUUCGUACAUGAAAACUACGUACGUAAUAGUAAUACACCUAUGACGGAAAACGAUAUGAUUUAUGUAUUAUGGGCGCCGGCGAUGGCUAUAAUGAUAAAUAUAGUAUUACCUGCUAUUGCGUCGACGAGUCUAAACCAUAUUGUAUUAUAUAUAAGAGUCUGUCCAUAUUAAUAAUAAUGAUAUUAAUUAUAAUAACUGUGUUUGAGAACGAGAAAUAAAAUGUGGUUGAA